AUGAUUCGUUUUUAUGCAGGCGCCAAGGAAGUUAGAAAAGUUGGAACAUUCAUAAUUGGUCUUUUCUCACGACUUAAUUUUUUAUCGUUAGUAAAAUCAUCGCUCUCUUCUAGACAAAUGCUUGUUUAUACAUACUCCAUUUCUUCAUCCGGAAGUCAGGGUGCAUUCAUGACGAUGACUUUUGUACUUUAUUUACAGAGAAAAGAUCCGGAUCAGUUUAUGCAAAUUCAUGGUCGCAAAUGUACAAUACACACUGACAAAAGCAUUGCGCGGGCGGCUGAAGACGUCAAUAUUUUGUUAGUGCAUAUAUAUGUUGUAGUCUUUGGUUACUUGUAA